AUGUCGGAUGCAUAUCCACCUUUUAAACUUGGAAAACCUCGUUAUGACCAGAAUGACUUUGCAAAGAACAGAUUGCCACCAAAUGUUACAAAUAAAGAGUUAUGGGAAGCUCAAAAAAUUAAACAGGCAAUCAUACACCCAGACACGGGAGAAAAAGUAUUUAUGCCCUUAGAAUGGUUCGUGCCUUUUGGAUCUCCUAUGGUUGUUGGACUGUUACUACCAAAUCAAACCAUAGCCAGCACCAUAUUUUGGCAGUGGAUAAAUCAAAGCCAUAACGCAUGUGUAAACUACGCCAACAGAAAUGCUACCUCACCAACACCAAUAAGUCGGUUUCUUCUAGGAUAUGCAGGGGCAGUAACCACGGCUGUGUCAAUUGCUGUAGGAUUAAAUGUUUUAAUACAGAAGGCAAAUAAAUUUAACCUGGCUACAAAACUUCUCAUUCAGAGAUUUGUCCCCUUUCCAGCAGUAGCUUGCGCCAGCACCUGUAAUUUACUGUUGAUGAGGAAUUCAGAGCUGUCUACGGGUAUAGAGGUACAGGAUCACAAUGGAAAUGUAAUCGGAAAGUCCAAAAUAGCUGCUGAAAAGGCAUUAAUGGAGACUGCUGUCACACGAAUGUUCUUGCCCGCCCCAAUUCUUGUGAUUCCUCCGGUCAUUAUGUCUGUCCUGGAAAAAACGGUGUUAUUCAAAAAAUAUCCUCGUAUAAACCUUCCAAUCCAUGCUGCAGUUGUGACCAUUUGUUUUGGUCUUGCCCUUCCUGUUGCAAUAGCGAUUUUCCCUCAGUAUUCCAAGGUAAUCAUCAAUCAGUCACGUGGAAUAUUUUCAAGAUAA